ACAGCUUGCUUGAGCUCUGGGCGGAGUCGACGUGCGGCUCAGCUGCAGGGAAAUAGAAGCGACUGGAAGCUGUUCGUGUAACAUGAACCCUUUAGUCAGUCUGUUGGCUGUUUGUGGCGAAUGCAAAGUAAAAUGGCAUGUACGAAGCAUUAAAAGUGGACCUCUAAAAAUGUAAAAUUGCGUGUACACGUGUGAGCCAACAGGGCAAUCAGCAGCGACAGCGGUGGUGCAGAGGAUUUACAUCAGUCAUGAGGUGGGUGUGGCCAUUCCUGCCUGCUCUGGUGCUUCUGUCAGAGCUGUCUGUGGUGAGGGUGCAGAUGGCUCCGUGUCAGACCUGUCGAAAACUCACUGACAAUUUCAUUAAGGGGUUGGAGAGAACAGCCAACAAAAAUUUUGGUGGGGGCAACACUGCCUGGGAGGAAGAGAAACUGGCAAAAUAUGCACGCAGUGAGACCCGGCUUUUGGAGAUAGUAGAAGCUGCUUGUGAGAAAACAGAUUUUGAAUGUAAUAGACUGCUGGAGCAGAUUGAGGACCAAGUGGAGACAUGGUGGUUCCACAGGCAGCAGGAGGCACCUGAUCUGUUUGAGUGGCUUUGCAUUCAGGAGCUGAGACUGUGCUGUCCACCUGGACAUUUUGGACCUGACUGCAAAGAGUGUCCAUUCGGCCCAGGGGGUGUGUGUGGAGGUUUGGGCCGCUGUGAAGGAGAGGGAACUCGUCUGGGAGAUGGAGAGUGUGUCUGUGAUCCUGGAUACUCGGGGCCACUGUGCCAGAGCUGUGCUGACGGCUACUACAGAGAAAAGAGUUCUAAUGACAGCACAGCCGCCUGUGCAGCUUGCUAUCACUCAUGUAAGAAGUGCUCUGGGCCACAGGACUAUAAAUGCCUUGACUGCAAACCAGGCUGGAUCCUUCACGACAACAAGUGUGUGGACAUUGAUGAGUGUGGCACAGAGCUCGCUCAUUGUCCCUCCAACACCUACUGUCACAACACAGACGGCUCAUAUGAAUGCAGAGGCUGUGACCAGGCAUGUGUGGGCUGCAUGGGCAGUGGUCCUGCACGCUGUAAGAAAUGCGCACGUGGUUACAAACUGAAAGGAGCCAAGUGUCUUGACAUAGAUGAAUGUAGUGACCUUGCGUUCGCCUGCCCCGGGUUAAACGAGGCCUGUAUUAAUGAGGAGGGCUCCUUCCACUGCGAGUGUGCUGAUGGCUUCAUCCGCAGAGACAGCAUUUGUGUUGAGAACAAGCCUCCUACUGAACCUGAGAAGGGGCUGUUCGAUGACAUGACAGACGAUGAAGUGCUUGUCCUGCAGCAGAUGUUCUUUGGCGUCAUAAUCUGUGCCCUGGCAACACUUGCUGCAAAGGGCGACAUGGUUUUUACUGCCAUUUUCAUUGGCGGUGUGGCUGCUAUGGCUGGAUACUGGCUGACAGAAAAGGGAGACUACAUGCUGGAUGGAUUCCUGAAGGGACGCUAGGAGGAUUUGGGAAGGAUGUUGGAAAACCAUCCAGUGAAGAUAAGACUCGAGAGUAUGAAGAUGUGAUUAUUGAGGAGGAAUUAAUAGAUCGACACUGCACUGAUAACUGGAAUAAAUCCCAUACCUCAACUUUUUUGGGAACAAGGGUGAGAUGAAGACCACUACUGAUUGUUAAAAUUGAUUUGUGCAUUUGUAUUUCACAUGCCCUCUAUGUUGCUGAUGAAAUUCUCAAUUUCCUCCUGUGAGUAAAAGGACCUGUGGGUUUUGACUGUGGCAGGCGAUUACUUCUUCACUUUGUGCCGUGAGCGUUGUUAGGUGAAGGGAAUCUUAAGCAUUUCCAUCAUCACCCCAACAGUGAAAGCUCUUUGAAACUCUGGUAUUUUCCAUUAUGAACCACUGGUUAUUGCAUUUAGACUUUUUAAUCUGUGUGUGUGUCCUCAAUUAUUCUUUUUGGGUAGUAAUGCAUGUGAAUUACUUGAAAUGAAAAGCACUGCACUCUUAAUUUAUUUUCAUAUUAGCAUGGAAAACUUAAAGCUGCUGGAUCAUCAAUAUUGCAGCUGUUAUGUCAUAGGUUUAAGUAUCAUUUUCACGUGUGUAUGGAAAUGUUAGAUAUUUGCCAUUUUGUUGCCUUAAAUGUAUUUUUAUAUUAUUUAUUAGGAAUUUCAAAUUUUGCUGACACCCCUGCUGUUUUUCUGCCAUAAACUAUGUGGACAAGUAAUUCUAGCAGCUAAAGUAGCAUAAUGUUAGAUUGCCAAUGAGGUAUCACCAUCCAUCUAUCUUAUUGAGUGUGAAAUGGUUAAUUAUGUUUGCUUUACAAUAAACUGCCUUUUUUUCAUG